CUCCAGUAGUUAUCUCAAAGCUUACAUUCGAUCAGUGUUCAUUUAAGGUGUAAGGUGUUUUCGAAGACAAAGAAAAAGCCAGUUAAACUCUAAACUCAAUAAGGAUUUUUUUUUCACAAAACUUCAUUUGGAUAAGAUGGGUCUUAAAGUCAGUGGAUGUUGUUGCAUGAAUUUGCGUGGCGCUGGUUAUGCACAUGGUUGGUUGGGUCUAUUAAUAUUGACUCUUUUAAUUGGUAGUACAAUUAAACGUAUUUAUUUGUUUGAUCCUGAAAAAGUUCAGCUUUUCAAGAAUGAUGAUUUUAGACCGGAAGUUACGAGAAGUCUAAAUGGUGAAAUUAUUUCUUUGGCAAUGCUGUUAUUCGAUGCACUUGUUUCGAUUUUACUUAUUGGUGGAUUAUUACAAAAUAAACACAUAAUGUUACUGCCUUGGUUGAUAUUAAGAGGUAUUGGACUUAUAAUAACAAUUCCAUUAGUUCUAUUGCUAUUGCUUUUUGCGUCACUCUCAUCUGACUCAGAUGAGAUAGUAGCAGCUUUGUUUGCUGUAUUUAUUACCUGUUUAUUCGUGUGGUCUUGGAUUGUUAUUUAUUCAUUAUUUCAAGAAAUACGCAGCAUAAAGGAAAAAACACUAUUGCCAAUUAUGCCAGUACAACGAAUUGAAAGCGGACCAAUUAGUCAGCAGCCGCCACCUUACCAAAUGUAUAAUAAAUGAAAUUAAUUUAAUUUUUUUUUGUCAGAUUUAUUUAAGUUUUAGUAAAUUAUUAGUAAAAUAUUGUGAUAAAUGUGAAUGUUUGUAUAUUUUGGUAGUUUUAAGUUUGUUUUGUAAAUAAUAUAAAAUUAAGUUUUAG